AUGGCCGACAUGAUGUCUUAUCUCCUCUUUGGAGAUCAGUCACUUGAUACCCAUGGAUUUCUCGCCGAGUUCUGCCGUUCAGGGAAUCCGAGCACCCUUGCGAAGACGUUCCUCGACCAGGCUGGCCAGGCUUUGAGGGAGGAGAUCGAUGGUUUGGGGAAGUUGGAACGGUCGAAGCUCCCCACGUUCCUAUCACUCCGACAACUCAACGAGCGAUAUCACGCCCAGAGCAUCAAGCACCCGGGUAUCGACAGUGCCCUGCUGUGCAUCACUCAGCUGGCCCACUACAUCGACCGCAACGAAAAGGAGCCGCAAGAUGUUUCUGUCCACGAACACACUUUCUUCAUGGGUCUUUGCACGGGGCUUUUCGCCGCCGCUGCCAUCGCCUCGACCCCCUCAGUCUCUACCUUGAUACCCCUUGCCGUUCAGGUAGUCCUCAUGGCCUUCCGAACCGGCACCCACGUCGGCUCGUUGGCCGAGAGGCUUAGCCCGCCGGUCGGUCAAUCUGAACCCUGGACCCAUAUCCUUCCUGGCCUGAAGGAAUCCGAUGCCAAAGAGGCACUUACUAAUUUCCAUGAAUCUAAUUACAUCCCAGUCGCCAGCCAAGCAUACGUUAGCGCUGUGUCGGCAACAAGCCUGGCGAUCUCAGGACCGCCGGCCACUCUCAAGGCUCUUGAGGAUCAAAAUGUGUUCGGUGUCAAGCCGACUGCUAUUCCAGUUUACGGACCCUACCACGCAUCACACCUGCACGGAACCGCCGAUAUUGAGAAGAUUCUGCGCCUCAACGACCCCAAGGUCGCCGAGGUCUUGGCUAAGACCAAGCCUCGCUCUGCCAUCAUGUCAGGUACCAAGGGCACUUGGUUCGCUGAGACGGACACCAAGUCUCUCAUCAAGUCCGUCGCACAUGAGUGUCUCAUCGACGUCCUUCAAUUCCAGAAGGGCAUUGAGGGAUGCAUCGGGACUGCUCGUGACUUCGAGGGAUCUACAUGCCUCGUUAUCCCGUUCGGCCCCACCCACAACGCCGAGACUCUUUCCAAGUUGAUCAAGGAUCGCACACAGUUGGAUGUGAUUAUCCGCCCCGGACCCAGAAUCCAGAGAGAGAGCUACAACUCUCCCAUUGGCAAUCACGGUUCCAGUGGAAAGUGCAAGCUGGCCAUCGUUGGCAUGGCUGGUCGAUUCCCCGACGCCGCCAGCCACGAGAAGCUUUGGGAGCUCCUCUCCAAGGGUCUGGAUGUGCACAGGGUCGUGCCUGCGGACCGUUUCCCGGUUGCAACCCAUUACGACAUUACUGGCAAGGCUGUGAACACCAGUCACAGUCAAUACGGUUGCUGGAUUGAGAAUCCGGGAUACUUCGACCCCCGAUUUUUCAACAUGUCUCCCCGAGAGGCUUUCCAGACCGAUCCCAUGCAGCGUAUGGCCCUUACCACUGCCUACGAGGCUCUUGAGAUGUGCGGUUAUGUGCCCAACAGGACUCCCUCCACAAGAUUGGACCGCAUCGGUACCUUCUACGGCCAGACCUCUGACGAUUGGCGUGAAAUCAACGCCGCUCAAGAGGUCGACACCUACUACAUCACGGGCGGUGUCAGAGCAUUCGGCCCCGGUCGUAUCAACUACCACUUCGGUUUCAGUGGUCCCAGUUUGAACGUUGACACGGCCUGCUCAUCCAGUGCGGCAGCUCUCAAUGUUGCCUGCAACUCCCUGUGGGUUAAGGACUGUGACACUGCCAUCGUCGGUGGCCUUUCCUGCAUGACCAACCCGGACAUUUUCGCCGGAUUGUCUCGCGGUCAGUUCUUGUCCAAGACUGGGCCUUGUGCCACCUUCGACAAUGGCGCUGACGGUUACUGCCGUGCCGAUGGCUGUGCUUCCGUCAUUGUCAAGCGUCUGGAUGAUGCCGUCGCCGACAAGGAUAACAUCCUGGCCGUGAUUCUGGGCACUGCAACCAACCACUCCGCUGACGCCAUCUCAAUCACUCACCCUCACGGACCUACCCAGUCCAUCCUGUCGAGACACAUUCUCGACGAGGCGGGUGUGGACCCUCUUGACGUUGACUACGUCGAGAUGCACGGAACUGGCACACAGGCUGGCGACGGCACUGAGAUGCUUUCAGUGACUAACGUCUUUGCCCCUGCUGACCGCAAAAGAGCUGCUGACCGCCCUCUGUACCUCGGUGCCGUGAAGUCCAACAUUGGUCACGGCGAGGCCGCUUCUGGUGUCACUGCCCUCACGAAGGUUCUCAUGAUGAUGAAGAAGAACGCGAUCCCUCCCCAUGUUGGUAUUAAGAAGGAGAUCAACAAGGGUUUCCCCAAGGACUUGUCAGAGCGCAACGUCAACAUUGCAUUCCACCUCACCCCCUUCAAGAGGAGAGAUGGCAAGCCCAGACGCAUCUUCGUCAACAACUUCAGUGCCGCUGGUGGUAACACCGGUCUUCUCCUGGAGGACGCACCCAUCGUGCCGUCUUCUGAGGCCGAUCCUCGCAGUGUACAGGUUGUUACCGUCACCGGCAAGUCCAAGGCUGCCAUGAUCCGCAACGCCGAGAGACUUGUUGGGUGGAUGGAGCAGAACCCUGAGACUCCCCUCUCCCACGUGGCCUACACUACCACUGCUCGUCGCAUCCAGCACUACUGGCGCAUGAACGUUGCUGCUUCGGACCUGCCCGAGGCCCAGCGUCUCUUGAAGGACAGGCUCAAGGAGAAUUUCACUCCUAUCUCCACCCAGCAACCCAAGGUUGCCUUCAUGUUCACAGGCCAGGGCUCACACUAUGCUGGUCUCGGCAAGGACCUCUACGCUCACUACCACGUCUUCCGCGACAGCAUCGACGAGUUCAACCAGCUCGCUCAGAUCCACGGCUUCCCCAGCUUCCUGUCCUUGAUCGACGGUAGCGAGCCCGAUGUCACCAAGCUGUCCCCUGUUGUCGUGCAGCUUGGCCUCUGCUGUUUUGAGAUGGCUCUCACCCGGCUUUGGGCUUCCUGGGGAAUUCUCCCCAGCGCUGUCAUGGGCCACUCUCUCGGCGAGUAUGCUGCUCUCAACGCUGCCGGUGUUCUGUCUGCCAGCGACACCAUCUACCUUGUUGGAGCUCGCGCCCAGCUCUUGGUACAGAAAUGCACCGCUGGCACUCACGCAAUGCUUGCUGUCACCGGCCCUGUUGAGGCUGUCAUGGAGGCCCUUGGUGCCCAGGCUGAGGAUGUUAAUGUUGCUUGCAUCAACGGUCCUCGCGAGACUGUUCUCAGCGGUGCUGCUGCCAAGGUUUCCGAGAUCUCCUCGCACCUGGGCACUGCUGGCUUCAAGUGCACCCAGCUCAAGGUCCCCUUCGCCUUCCACUCUGCUCAGGUUGAUCCCAUCCUGGAUGACUUCGAGACUCUCGCUCGCUCCGUGAGCUUCGACCUGCCGCGUGUUCCCAUUAUCUCGCCCCUCCUUGGCAAGAUGGUUGAGCACGAGCCCAUCAAUGCUGCUUACCUUCGCAACCACGCUCGCGACGCUGUCAACUUCCUUGGCGGACUUGUUCACGCCCAGCAGUCCGGCACCGUUGACGAGAAGACUGUUUGGCUCGAGGUUGGCCCCCACCCCGUUCUUGCCAACUUUGUCAAGUCUUCCUUCGGCAUUAGCUCUGUGGCUGUUCCCACCCUCCGCCGUAACGAGCCUACCUACAAGAUUCUCAGCAACACCUUGUGCGCUCUCCACACUGCUGGCAUCAACUUGGAUUGGGAUGAAUUCCACCGCGACUUCACCAACUGCACUCGUCUCUUGGACCUCCCGACCUACUCAUUUGACGAGAAGAACUACUGGCUCCAGUACACUGGCGAUUGGUGCCUUACCAAGAACCGCGGUCCUUCCGCAGUCAAGGCUCCUCUCCAAAUCGAACCUGCUAGGCCCAAGCUGUCGACCACUUCGAUCCACGCCGUCACCAAUGAGGACAUCAAGGGUGACAUUGCUCUAAUCGAGACCGAGACUAACCUCUCGCGUCCUGAUACUCGCCCUCUCGUCGAGGGACAUCUGUGCAACGGUGCACCUUUGUGUCCUUCCACCCUCUACGCCGAUAUGGCCAUGACAGUCGCCGACUAUGCCUACAAGAUGCUUCGCCCUGACACCGAGAACAUUGGUUUGAACGUUGCCAACGUCGAGGUGCCCAAGACUCUCAUUUUCAAUGAGAAGAUUGACGCCCAUAUUCUUCGCACCACUGUCACAGCCAACGCUACCCUGGGCUAUGCCGACGUCAGCUUCCACACUGGAGAGGGCGCUAAGAAGACUGAGCAUGCUACGUGCAAGGUAAUCUACGGCAGCACCGAGCAAUGGGCCGACGAGUUUGAGCGUGUAAGCUAUCUCAUUAAGGGCCGCAUUGAUGCCCUCGAAGAGGCUGAGAGGCAGGGCAAGGCUUCCAAGAUUGGUCGCGGCCUGACUUACAAGCUUUUCACCGCCCUCGUCGACUACGAUACGAAGUAUCAGGGUAUGGAAGAAGUUAUCCUUGACAGCAAGGCCUGCGAAGCUACCGCCAAGAUCAGCUUCCAGACCACCGAUAGGGACGGCAACUUCUUCUUCAACCCUUACUGGAUUGACAGCUGUUGCCACAUUUCUGGUUUCAUCAUCAACGGUACUGACGCCAUUGAUUCGCGCGAGCAAGUUUUCAUCUCCCACGGUUGGGGCUCCAUGAGAUUCACUGAGAAGCUCGAUGCUUCGAAGUCGUACCGCUCCUACGUCCGCAUGCAGCCUGUCAAGGGUACCAAGAUGAUGGCUGGUGAUGCUUAUGUCUUUGACGGUGAUCGCCUCAUCGGUGUUGCUGGUGACGUCAAGUUCCAGUCAAUCCCCCGCAAGGUCCUCAACAUGGUCCUUCCCCCUCGUGGCAGAGCUGCUGCCGGUGCCGCACCGAUCGCCGCUGCUCCGGCGCCCAAGGCUGCUGCCCCUGCCAAGGCUGCACCCGCCAAGGAGAAGAAUGGCAAGGAGAAGGCUUCUAAGCAGGUUACUGCGAGCAAUCUCAAGGCUGUCAACGCCAAGCUCUCCAAGCGGUCCGUUGUGCAAGACGUCUUUGACAUCUUGGCCAAGGAAGUUGGUGUGACCCAUGACGAGCUGGCAGACAACAUCGCCUUCACUGAUCUGGGCUGUGACUCGCUGAUGGCUUUGACUGUCUCUGGCAGAAUGCGCGAGGAACUCGACAUUGACAUCGACUCCCAUGCUUUUGUCGAGUACCCGACCAUCGGAGCCUUCAAGGUCUUCCUCGGUCAGUUCGAGACUUCUGGAGGUAAAGACAGCUACGUCCAGGACUCUGGCGACUCUAGCGGCUCUGUCUCUGAGACGCCUGAGCUUGAGUCCGAUUCAAACGUCACCACCCCCUACGAGGAGAGUGAUCGAUCCGUCAAGGGUGAUGCCGAGGACGAGGAUUGCGAUGACCUCCAGAACAUUUUGCGCGAAACCAUUGCCACUGAGAUGGGUGUCGAAGUGGAAGAGAUUGUUGCCGCUCCCGAUCUGGCUGCCCUCGGCAUGGAUUCUCUGAUGAGUUUGUCCAUCCUGGGCACUCUCCGUGAGAAGUCUGGGCAAGAUAUUCCAAAUGAUCUCUUCGUCACGAACCCCUCGCUCUUGGAGGUUGAGAAGGCUCUUGGCAUUGGCCCAAAGCCGAAGGCUGCUGCCGCCGCACCAAAGCCUGCGAAGGCUGCCCCGGUGUCUCGCCGCGAGAAGGUGGAGCCUACCAAGGAGAUUAACACUCACCCUGGCAACACCACUGCCUCCAUCACCAAGCCCCCUCCACCCAGAGAGAUCAUCGACAACUAUCCCCACCGCAAGGCUACUUCAAUCCUUCUUCAGGGCAGCACUCGCACUGCCACCAAGAACUUGUGGAUGGUUCCCGACGGCAGUGGUUGCGCCACUUCCUACACCGAGAUCAGCCAGGUCUCCAGCCAGUGGGCUGUAUGGGGCCUCUUCUCCCCCUUCAUGAAGACACCUGAGGAGUACAAAUGUGGUGUCUACGGCAUGGCUUCCAAGUUCAUUGAAGCCAUGAAGGCAAGGCAGCCGAAAGGUCCCUACUCCUUGGCCGGUUGGUCUGCGGGAGGUGUUAUCGCCUACGAGAUUGUCAACCAGCUCACCAAGGCCGGUGAGAGUGUCGAGAACCUCAUCAUCAUCGAUGCUCCCUGCCCAAUCACUAUUGAGCCCCUUCCCAAGAGUCUCCACGCCUGGUUCGCCUCUAUUGGCCUUCUCGGCGAGGGUGACGACGACAACAAGAAGAUUCCCUCAUGGCUCCUCCCUCACUUCGCCGCCAGUGUUACUGCCCUCAGCAAUUACACUGCGGAGCCAAUCCCCAAGGAGAAGUGCCCCAACGUUAUGGCCAUUUGGUGCGAGGACGGUGUCUGCCACUUGCCCUCCGACCCCCGCCCCGACCCCUACCCCACGGGUCAUGCUCUGUUCCUUCUGGACAACAGAACCGACUUCGGUGCCAACCGUUGGGAUGAGUACCUGGAUAUCAACAAGUUCAGGACCAGGCACAUGCCUGGCAACCACUUCUCCAUGAUGCAUGGCGACUAUGCCAAACAACUUGGACAGUUCAUUCGUGAAGCAGUUUGCGAGUAA